GGCGGCGCGGCCCGGGCUCGGCUCUCGGGUGCCGGUUCCCGAUCGCUCCGUCGCUGUCGGGGCCCUGUCGCGACAUUUCGGGACGAUGUCGGACACGUGGAGCUCGAUCCAGGCGCACAAGAAGCAGCUCGACUCGCUCCGCGAGCGGCUCCAGCGCCGCCGGAAGCAGGACCCGCUGGGCGGGGCGGCUCCCGCCCAUGACCUCUCCCUGUCGGCCCCGCCCCGCACCUCCAGCCCCGCCCCCUCCGCCGGAAGCCCCGCCCUCUGCUCCACCCCAGGAGGCCCCUCCCCCUCUGCUGCCUUGGGGGGCGUGGCCGCGGGAGGCCGCGCCUCUCCUCAUUGUGGAGGAGGGGGCGUGGCCUCCGAGGGCGUGUCCGGAGGUGGGGGCGGGGCCGGCGGAGAGGGGGCGGGGCCCGACCCGGCGCUGGAGCGGCGCCUCCUGCUGCUGCUGUCGGACCUGGCGCUGCCCCUCCCCCGCGACGCCGCCGCCCUCUGCGCCGCCCUCCAGCAGGGCUCCGCCCCGGCCCCGCCCGCGGCGUGGGUGGAGAGCCUCCUGCAGAAGUUCGCGGCGCAGGAGCUGAUCGAGGUGCGCCGGGGGCUCCUCCCCGACGGCCCCACCCUCGUCACCUUCGCCGACCACGCCAAGCUGGCCGCCAUGACCGGCCUGGUGGGCGGGGCCUCCUCCUCCUCCUCCGGCCACAAGCGCCACGCCCGCCCCGAGGAGGACGGGGAGGGGGGCGGGGCCGGCGGGGAAGGGGGCGGGGCGAUGGGGGGCGAGGGGAAGGAGGUGAAGAGGUGGCGCCGGGCGACGGCGGCGUCGUCCGACGUGGACCUGGAGAUCGAGAGCCUGCUGAGCCAGCAGAGCACCAAGGAGCAGCAGAGCAAGAAGGUGAGCCAGGAGAUCCUGGAGCUGCUCAACACGACGACGGCCAAGGAGCAGUCGAUCGUGGAGAAGUUCCGCUCGCGGGGGCGGGCGCAGGUGCAGGAGUUCUGCGACCACGGCACCAAGGAGGAGUGCGUCAAGGCCUCGGGCGCCGAGCGGCCCUGCCGGAAGCUCCACUUCCGGCGGAUCAUCAACAAGCACACGGACGAGUCCCUGGGCGACUGCUCCUUCCUCAACACCUGCUUCCACAUGGACACCUGCAAGUACGUCCACUACGAGAUCGACGCCUGCGCCGCCUCCUCGCCGCCGCUCAGCCCGGCCCGCGCCCGGCCCCGCGACCGCAGCCCCCCGCCCGACCUGCCCCGCGGGCCCCCCGCCGACGCCGGCGCCGACCGCCUCUUCCCCCCGCAGUGGAUCUGCUGCGACAUCCGCUACCUGGACGUGUCCAUCCUGGGCAAGUUCGCCGUGGUCAUGGCGGACCCGCCCUGGGACAUCCACAUGGAGCUGCCCUACGGGACCCUGACGGACGACGAGAUGCGGCGCCUCAACAUCCCCGUCCUGCAGGACGAGGGCUUCCUCUUCCUCUGGGUCACCGGCAGGGCCAUGGAGCUGGGCCGCGAGUGCCUCAACCUCUGGGGGUACGAGCGCGUGGACGAGAUCAUCUGGGUGAAGACGAACCAGCUGCAGCGGAUCAUCCGCACGGGCCGCACGGGCCACUGGCUCAACCACGGCAAGGAGCACUGCCUGGUGGGGGUGAAGGGGAACCCCCAGGGCUUCAACCGGGGCCUGGACUGCGACGUGAUCGUGGCCGAGGUGCGCUCGACGAGCCACAAGCCCGACGAGAUCUACGGGAUGAUCGAGCGGCUGUCGCCGGGCACGCGCAAGAUCGAGCUCUUCGGCCGCCCCCACAACGUCCAGCCCAACUGGAUCACGUUGGGGAACCAGCUGGAGGUUUAAUGGGAUUUUUUGGGG